CAGCAGGCCUCCACGCUGCACCAGCUGUUCAGCCUGUCCCUCUCUUCGUCCCCGGGGCGUCCACACCUGGAGUACCCUGCUCUCGUCUGGACCAUGAAUGUUUCAGGUUUUCACCCGGAGACCCCCCAGUCCUCAACCGCACACCCUGCUGGAAACACUCAGGACGUGACAAUGCAGGAGAGACCAUCAACCUCUGAGGAGAUGAAACCGGACCCUGAUAUUCAUGCAGAGCCAGAGGAAGCCUGUCCUGUGUGUGGUGACCGAGUGUCUGGAUAUCACUAUGGAUUGCUGACCUGUGAGAGCUGCAAGGGAUUCUUCAAGCGCUCUGUGCAGAAUAACAAGCGCUACACCUGCACCGAGAGGCAGAGCUGUCCCAUGGACCCAGCGCAGAGGAAGAGAUGCCCUUACUGCCGAUUUCAGAAGUGCCUGGCUGUGGGCAUGAAGAGAGAGGCUGUGCGGGCAGACCGAAUGAGGGGCGGACGAAACAAAUUCGGACCUCUGUAUCGACGGGACAGGCAAAUGAAACAGCAGAGAGGAGGAUAUCACCAAGCAAACAUCGGUCCCUACAGGAUCAAACUGGAGGGACCGCGAGCACCUUUACAACCGCACGAGUUCCACCUUCUGCCUGGUGCUUUCGCAGCUCCGCUAGGCUCUGACCCCUUUCACCAAUCGCACGCUCUUCCACCCAGCAUCAACCAACCAGAGCUCAUGGUCCUGGACUGCACAUUAAACAGAGAUGGUGCAUUGACCGCUCCUUCGCUCCCCUGUGCUGGACUCUACCACACCAGUUUCCAUGGUUUCCCUCAUGAGAAAAGAGAGAUGCCUUUCAGCUACGGUCCUGCUACACUGUGCACUAUUUCCACACCUGUGCUCACUCCCAGCUCCACCCACACACUGGCGUCAACUCCUACUUCAGAUCCAACAUCGUCCCCGUUCCUGACCCCAACCCUGACCCCUGACCCCCCCUCAUCCAACACAGGCUUCCUGAGUGAGCUGCUGCAGGGAGAACCAGAGGAGUCACAGGUCUGUUCACGAGUGGUGGCCAGCCUGCUGAAAGAGCAAGCCAGCCGAGGAAAACACGACCGUCUCAACACUUUUAGCAUCAUGUGCAAAAUGGCCGACCAGACUCUGUUCGGACUGGUGGAGUGGGCGCGCAACUGUGCACUGUUUAAAGAACUCAAGGUGGAGGAUCAGAUGGUGCUGCUGCAGAGCUGCUGGAGUGAGCUGCUGGUUCUGGAUCAUCUGUGCCGCCAGGUGGCUUAUGGGAUAGACGGUAGCAUCUAUCUGGUCACAGGGCAGAAGAUUGAUGUGUCGACUGUGCUCUCGCAGGCGGGGGUGACGCUGAGCAGUCUGGUGUCCAGAGCACAGGAUUUAGUGUCCAAGCUCAGGGCUCUUCAUCUGGACAGACAGGAGUUUGUGUGCCUCAAAUAUCUUGUGCUGUUCAACCCAGAUGUGAAGUCAGUGCAGGACCGCAGGCAGGUGGAGCGCACUCAGGAGCGAGUGAACAGGGCUCUGAUGGAGCACACGCUGCACACACACCCAGGCCAGUCGGAUAAAUUCGGCCAGCUUCUGCUCCGGCUGCCUGAAGUGCGCAGCAUCAGCCUGCAGGUGGAGGAGUACCUGUACCAGCGCCACCUGCUGGGGGACCUGCCUUGUAACUCCCUGCUGACCGAGAUGCUGCACACCAAACACACCUGA